UUGGGAUGCUAAAGCCCUUACCUAUCCCCGCUGUUCUAGGACAGUGUUUCCAUGGAUUUCAUGGACACCCUGGUGACCAGUAAGAGUGGCAAGAGGCACUUCAUCAUCGUUCGAUUCACCAAGUAUGCUAGACUAGUUGCCAUGCCAGAGACCACCAGGACGGACCACGUCAUCAAGUUGUUUAUGGACAACUGGGUGCGUGAUUUUGGACUUCCAAAGUCAAUCGUUAGUGACAGAGAUGUCCGAUUCACAAGUGAGCUGUGGAAGAAGACUGCUGAGCAGAUGGGAAGUCAACUUCAGAUGACUUCAGGGAAUCAUCCCGAAGCCAACGAGAAGGCCGAACAAAUGAACAGAGUUGUACAGCACUUGCUGAGGCAUUACAUCAAGCCCAGCCAGGAUGACUGGGAUGAGAAGUUGCCUCUCAUCGCCAGCCUGUACAACAAUGCUGUACACAGCAGUACCGGCGUCAGUCCUAAUCAGCUGCACUUGGGAUGGAAGCCUAGAUCAGCUCUAGACUUCCUCCUACCUGAGAACCGAUCCUCUGCAACUCCAGGCACACUUGAGUAUGGUGUGGAGUAUAAGAAGUUGCUGCAGCAAGCUGUCGAGCACAUCAAGAAAUCUCAGCAAGCAAUGAUUGCUUCUGAGAACAAGCAUCGGCGACAAUCCUCAUUUUAGGUAGGGGAACGUGUCUGGGUCAAGGCUAGUGAGCUAGGACAGGAAUUCGGGAUCUCUCGUAAACUAAUGCCACAAUAUUU